CCCGCCCGCUCGCCCUGGGGAGGGGGCGCUGGGGGCGGCUGCGGAGGCCCACGGGGGUCCUGGCUGCCCCUGCGCCCCGAGCUGGCAGCCACGGGCCCGCCUGCCCGUAGCCUGGCUUCGGGGAAGGGACUGGGGGAGGGGCUCCCGGACCCUUUUUGGGGGAAUCUCGAGCAACAGAACAGUCCCGCUUUUAGGGGCUUGGAGUUGGGGGUGGGUCUCCCAGCCCCGGCAGUAUCCUUUCUCCUGGGGCGAGGUGUGCCCUACCCUACAUGGAGAGACCAUACUUUGCCUUUUAAAAGAAAUGCCACCCACAUUCAGAGACACAAGUGCAGCAGUUUGGGAAGAUGGUGAGUUGGAGGAAGGUGAGCUUGAGGAUGACGGGGCCGAGGAGACCCAGGACACUUCCGGAGGGCCGGAAAGGAGCCGGAAGGAGAAGGGAGAGAGGCACCACAGCGACUCGGAUGAGGAGAAGGCUCACAGGAGGCUGAAGCGGAAACGGAAGAAAGAGCGGGAGAAGGAGAAGAGGCGGUCAAAGAAGAGGAGGAAAUCCAAGCACAAACGCCAUGCUUCUUCCAGUGAUGAUUUCUCCGACUUCUCUGAGGACUCAGACUUCAGCCCGAGCGAGAAGGGGCAUCGCAAGUACAGAGAGUACAGCCCCCCGUAUGCACCGUCACACCAGCAGUAUCCCCCGUCGCACGCGGCGCCCCUGCCCAAGAAGGCCUACUCCAAGAUGGAGAGCAAGAGCUACAGCGUGUACGAGGACUAUGAGAACGAGCAGUACGGGGAGUACGAGGGGGAUGAGGAGGAGGACCUGGGCAAGGAGGACUACGACGACUUUGCCAAAGAGCUGAACCAGUACCGGCGCGCCAAGGAGGGCAGCAGCCGCGGCCGGGGCAGCCGAGGCCGUGGCAGGGGCUAUAGGGGCCGAGGAGGCCGCGGAGGCUCACGAGGCCGAGGCCUGGGCAGGGGCAGCCGAGGCAGGGGCCGAGGCUCCGUAGGAGGAGACCACCCGGAGGACGAAGAGGACUUCUAUGAGGAGGAUAUGGAGUAUGGAGAAAGUGAGGAGCCGAUGGGAGAUGAGGAUUAUGACGACUACUCCAAGGAGCUGAACCAGUACCGCCGGUCCAAGGAUGGCCGAGGCCGAGGUUUGAGUAGAGGCCGUGGCCGGGGGUCCCGAGGUCGAGGAAAAGGGAUGGGCCGGGGCCGUGGUCGAGGUGGGAACCGAGGAGGGAUGAACAAGGGCGGAAUGAAUGAUGACGAAGACUUCUACGAUGAGGACAUGGGCGACGGUGGCGGAAACUACCGGAGGAGUGACCAUGACAAGCCCCACCAGCAGUCCGACAAGAAAGGCAAAGUCAUCUGCAAAUACUUCGUGGAAGGGCGGUGCACAUGGGGUGACCACUGUAACUUUAGUCACGACAUUGAACUACCAAAGAAGCGAGAACUUUGCAAGUUUUACAUCACUGGGUUCUGUGCCAGAGCCGAGAACUGCCCCUACAUGCAUGGUGAUUUUCCUUGUAAACUGUACCACACGACUGGGAACUGCAUCAACGGUGACGACUGCAUGUUCUCCCACGACCCUCUGACUGAAGAGACCAGGGAGCUCCUGGACAAGAUGUUGGCAGAUGAUGCAGAAGCAGGCGCUGAGGAUGAGAAGGAAGUUGAGGAGCUGAAGAAGCAGGGAAUCAAUCCCUUGCCCAAACCUCCCCCUGGUGUGGGCCUCCUGCCCACACCCCCUCGGCCCCCCGGCCCGCAGGCCCCGACCUCCCCCAACGGCAGGCCCAUGCAGGGUGGCCCCCCACCCCCACCCCCGCCCCCGCCCCUGCCCCCUGGGCCCCCUCAGAUGCCCAUGCCAGCGCACGAGCCGCUGUCCCCACAGCAGCUGCAGCAGCAGCAGGACAUGUACAACAAGAAGAUCCCCUCCUUGUUUGAGAUCGUGGUCCGGCCCACAGGGCAGCUGGCCGAAAAGCUGGGUGUCAGGUUUCCUGGACCCGGCGGACCGCCAGGGCCAAUGGGCCCUGGGCCCAACAUGGGACCCCCAGGGCCACUGGGGGGACCGCUGCACCCCGACAUGCAUCCUGACAUGCAUCCCGACAUGCACCCUGACAUGCACCCCGACAUGCCGAUGGGCCCUGGCAUGAACCCCGGCCCACCUAUGGGACCUGGCGGCCCCCCAAUGAUGCCCUACGGUCCUGGAGACUCCCCGCAUUCUGGAAUGAUGCCCCCCAUCCCGCCAGCCCAGAACUUCUAUGAGAACUUCUACCAGCAGCAGGAGGGUGUGGAGAUGGAGCCAGGCCUCCUUGGGGACGCAGAGGACUACGGGCGCUACGAAGAGCUGCCGGGGCAGCCUGGGGAGCACCUCUUCCCCGAGCACCCUCUGGAGCCCGACAGCUUCUCUGAGGCAGGGCCCCCAGGCCGGCCGAAGCCGGGUGCCGGUGUCCCUGACUUCCUGCCCUCAGCCCAGAGGGCCCUGUACCUGAGGAUCCAGCAGAAGCAGCAGGAGGAGGAGGAGAGAGCGAGGAGGCUGGCUGAGAGCAAGCAGGACCGGGAGAAUGAGGAAGGAGACACCGGUAACUGGUACUCGAGUGACGAGGACGAGGGCGGGAGCAGCGUCACCUCCAUCCUGAAGACGCUGAGGCAGCAGACAUCCAGCCGGCCCCAGGCCUCCGCUGGGGAGCUGAGCAGCAGUGGGCUGGGGGACCCCCGCCUCCAGAAGGGACACCCCACAGGAGGCCGGCUGUCUGACCCCCGCCUCAGCCGGGACCCCAGACUCACCCGCCACGCCGAGGCCCCUGGGGAAGCGGGGCCCUCCGACCCCCGGCUGGCCCGCUCCCUGCCAGCCCCCAAGCCUGACGGCGGCCUCCACCCCGGCCCCGCCGGCCCCAAGGGCUCCGGGCCACCCCCUGCGGAGGAGGAGGAGGGGGAGCGGGCCCUGCGGGAGAAGGCCGUGAGCAUCCCCCUGGAGCCCCUUCCGGGGCACCCGCUGCGGGACCCGCGGUCGCAGCUGCAGCAGUUCAGCCACAUCAAGAAGGACGUGACCCUGAGCAGACCCAGCUUUGCCCGCACUGUGCUCUGGAACCCGGAGGACCUGAUCCCCCUGCCCAUCCCCAAGCAGGACUCUGUGCCCCCCGUCCCCGCGGCCCUGCAGGCCCUGCCUGCCCUGGACCCCAGGCUGCACCGUCCCUCUGCCACUGGGCCCCCCAACCCCCGGCCGCGCCCCAGCACCUCCGCAGAGCCCGGCUCCUCUGGGUCCAACCUGCCUGACUUUGAACUCCUCUCUCGCAUCCUCAAGACUGUCAACGUCCCCAGCUCCUCAGCAGCCCCCGGGCCGGGCGACAAGCCCAGCGACCCCCGGGUGCGGAAGGCACCCACUGACCCUCGGCUGCAGAAGCCGGCCGACCCCGCUGCCCCUGCCCGGGCCGCCAAGCCCGGCCCUCCCGAAGCCCCUGCGCCAGCCACCAGCCCCAGCGGCGAGUCCUCGCCCCCGGCCAUUGCCCCCUAUGACCCGCGCGUGCUGGCGGCUGGCGGGCUGGGCCAGGGCAGCGGGAGUGGACAGAGUAGCGUGCUGAGCGGCAUCAGCCUCUACGACCCGAGGACUCCCAACGCGGGGGGCAAAGCCGCCGAGCCUGCCACCGACGCGGGCCCCCAGCCCAAGGGCCCCGAGGGCAACGGCAAGAGCCCGGCCACCAAGGCCAAGGAGCCGCCCUUCGUCCGCAAGUCCGCCCUGGAGCAGCCCGAGCUGGGCAAGGCUGCUGCCGACGGGGGCACGGCCACGGACAGAUACAACAGCUACAACCGGCCCCGGCCCAAGGCUGCUGCCGCCCCCGCUGCCGCCUCGGGCACCCCGCCGCAGGAGGGUGCCCUCCCCCAGCCCGGUGUGCACAGCCUGCCCGUGCCCACCCUCUUCGGGACCGUGAAGCAGGCGCCCAAGACGGGCUCUGGAAGCCCCUUUGCCGGCAACAGCCCGGCCCGUGAGGGCGAGCAGGACGCAGGGUCCUUGAAGGACGUUUUUAAAGGCUUUGACCCCACCGCCUCCCCCUUCUGCCAGUAGUGUUAUGCCGGGGCCGAGCUCCCCCAGCCCUUCCCGGGGCGCCUCAGGGCAGCAGCCAGAGUCAGGAACUUGGGGCAGGGGGGGUUGAGCUUUCAUUUUUUUUUAUUUUUCCUUGUCUUUUCCUUUGCUUUCCUUUUUUUUUUUUUUUUUUUCCUUUUUAAUUUUAAAGUAGUACUUUCUUUGAAACUUAAAUUGUAUGUAACAUCUUCAGUUCUGGUCAGCACCGCAGGACCCCCAGGCAGGAUUUCAGGGAUGCUCGAAGGUGGAGGUCCAGUGGGUUUUCCACCCUCGCGUUCAGGGCAAAGGGAGCGGCCAGCGAUGGAGAAGGCGCUGGAACAGGACACACCGUGUUGCCUGAACAGAGAGAGAUGGGCUGAGACGGUGGGGCCGGACCUGUGGCAGCAGGUCCCCCGCAUUUCUGGAACCCGAGAGCACACCAUCCCCAUCUCCCCUGCAGCGCGCGGGCUGUGACACAUCACUUCAGGAGACGCUGGAAGUGAAGAACUGUCCAAAAAAGGAAACGCGCCCUCCCCACCCUGACCGUUCCUGUGGCUGUGAGAAAUGAGGUCCUCUCCCACUGGGGUCUCGCCCGGAUUCACACGGGGGGCCCUGCCUGCCUCAGAAGCCUUCAGCCUGUGAGGUGGACCUGGAGCCCAGGGGCUGGCCUGGGGGGAGCAUCCCUAGAGACCCCCCAGGUAGCUCAUGGCUGCUGGGACCCACAGCUUCGUGUUUUCCGUCAGUAUUACCCGUCCUGUCAGGGCCCCUCCUGGUCCUUCACAGCCAGAGUGCCCCAUCUGCACUGCCUGUCCGGGUGGCCCCAGCCCCUUCAGAGAUCCUCUGGGAUCUGUGGCGUGGCGGCUCUUACCAGGCUCCUGAAGAGGGGACCUGGUGACCUUCGGGGGCAGCGUUUCCGCUCUGUCCCUGUCCUCUGCGCCUGCUGUACAGAUCUGUGGGUAUGUGACCUUGGCGUGUUUGAGCUCCUGUCCUGGGCCAACAGGCACGUGGACCCAGAGGUAUGUCGUGAUGGUGGGUUUGUGGACACUUCCAGAAGGGGGCCUGAGGAAAUGGGGCACAGCUGCAGCCAGGGCAGUGGGGGGCUGCUGGGGGUGGGGGCAGAGGGGCUGUGCCACGCCCUGAGUCUGCGCUGUGCCCACUCCUGCUCGCCUCCUGGUCCCUUGCCUGCCCCCUGCUGCCCCCUAGGCCCCUGCCUCUCCUUGCUAAUAAUGAGGAAAGCUGGACACCAGCCAAAGAACACUCUUCAGGUUUGGGGCCAGAAGCCAGGGUUGGUAGAGGGGGGCUGCACCGGGAGCCUGCCGGGCCACUGCACCAGGGUCCGGUCGAUUUGGUGGGUUUCUUUUUUUUUUUCCUUUUUGUUUUUUUAAACAAUCAUUAGUGAGAUUUUUCCCUUCAACCACCAGUGUUGGCCUCCAAACAGAGGGCUGCAGCCCUUGGUGUUUGUAAAAUAAGUAAGAAUACAGUGUGGUGGGUUUUUUCCCUCCCUUUUCUCCUUAUCCUUUGAGACUUUCCUUUUGUAAAAGAAAAAUUAAAUACUUUUUUAAAACCGAAAUCUGUGGAUGAAAUAGAAGCUGGAACCCUCCUUUUGGAAUAUUUAGCCUAAGAACCUCAUGGGACUAUGAAUUCACCCAUAAUUUUCAUUUGCCAUCAGGCUGGAGCUUUUAACGAAAAAUUGUUCUCUAACCAGGAUUGUAACAAAAGUGUAAAUACAAUUUCAGAGUUGAAAGUUGAUGGUGCAAAUAUGUAUAUAAUGUACUGUAUUUUUACAAUGAUCGCCGCAUGACUAUUUCACCCCUUUUGUACUCCGUAACUGUCUUCCAGAAACAUCACCUGCCCUUUCUCCUGUGGUCUCCUAAUCUGAUAAUUGUAUUCCUGCCAUUAAAGGAUGCAGUUAUUUUAAAAA